AGGUGUUCAAAUACUCAAUUCAUGUUAAAUAAACACGUAUGCCCCAAUUUUCACUGUACUAAAUGAAAAUUGAUUUUUCACAGAGGUGCAUGGUGCUCCCCCGGCAGUCUGUGAUUAUUAAUGCCCUGCAUGCCCGCUCCUUGUUUGUCAGAGCAGGAAUAACAAAUCUCUUUCACGCUGCAGGCUGGCAUCCGCCUCGUCCCGAGCAGCAGCAGCUCUGUGUUUGUCUCUUGGUUGGUGAUUGCGCAGGAACAUGUGGUCACGCAGCGGCCAAUGCCGAGCCCAGAGCAGGCAGUCAGCACUGCCAGAGGAGCAUCAGUGCUGGCACCAGAGAGCAACUCUGUUACCCCCCUGCAAAGUCCCCCAAAACGCCAGCAGGAGAGAUCAGACUGCAAGAGCGGAGGACGAGGAUGCUGCAGGAAGAUGAAAGCAAAGUGUGAUCCAGGAUUCAGGAUGUAGGGGGGCUGCAUUUGGGAGGAGCGCUCGGUCAGUGUCCUCAGCAUCACAGCGCGGGACUUGUUGUGCUUGAAGGAGAGUGAAGGUGGGGAGGUGCAACCGGAGAAGUCCUCGCAUCCAGCCUCCUCCACACGAUGACACAUUAGUUCUUAUUCAGCAAGUCACAGGAGCAUCACCGAGAGGAUCAGAUGUUGUCCACAGCUCAGCAGAUGCUGCAGGACAGUCGCUCCAAGAUCGAGCUGAUCCGAAUGCAGAUUAUCAAAGUCACCCAGGCUGGGGGCAGCGGCAAUGGCGGGGGCGCCGGUGGCGAUGUUGCCGGUGACCGUAACAGCUCCAUUCUCAGAGGGUUCUGUCCCGCCGCUGUCAGUCCCAUGGACUCGCGUUUGGCAGAGCUGCGUCACUACAUGCAAAGAGAGACGGACGCUUUGUCGCUGGCAAAAGACGUCGUGAAGCAGCUGGAAGGAAUUUCAACGCUCGACCACAAGGCGCUGGCGGAGGCUCAGUCCCAGGUUCAGGAGUUGUCCCAGAAGCUGGAUCUUCUGAGGGUUUCUCUGGAGAAAUGCCUGAAGGAAAAGACCCAGGAGCCUGGCACCCCGCCCGCAGGGGUCAGCGACCUCCCAGAGAGACCCCUGUCCCCUCAAAACUGCACCUCCCUGUCCAGCUUCUCCACAAAACCUGCUUCCUUAACCGGUAAACUUGAACUCAGACUUUUUGGAUGUGAAGAUUUAUUGAAACCUCUGAGGGUCACGAAGAAGGAAUCAAACCCCGGUCCCACUGAGACCGCUUCACCGGCCAAUCCUGUUACGGAGAUCAGCGCCGUACUCAGGCUGGACGGCAGAACAGUGGGCCAGACAUGCUGGGGAGCCAUCAGCAGACUGAGCUGGGAUCAGAACUUCUGCAUCCAGCUGGAGCGGUCUCGAGAGUUGGAGGUUGGCGUCUUCUGGGGGGACCAGAGGACGAUGUGUGCGGUCCAGCUGCUGCGACUGGUCGAGCUGAUGGACGAUCCGAACCAGACGCAGGGUUUCAAUCUGGAACCUCGGGGCUUCCUGUUCGCUAAGAUGAACUUCGCUGACACUGUCAUCGAGCGGCAGCCGAAACUGAGGCGUCAGCGCCGCAUCUUCACUAAAGAGCGAGGAAAGAACUUCCUGCGAGCUGCUCACAUGAACAUGAAUUUUGCCACGUGGGGUCACCUGAUGAUGAGCAUCCUACCUCGUUACACUUCCUUCACUACAUUCAGCUCGUCCUUCUCACCGCCGCCCGACCUGGUGCCCAACGAUGCCCCUAAUCCCAUCGAGACAUUGCCUCAAACCACCACCACAUUGCCAAGUGAUACUCCAGUGAUCAGUCUCAGCAUCACUGAGGACCAACCACCAAAAACCAGCAUCCACCAGGAAGACAACUGUCCCACCAUCUUCACCACAGUGUAUGAACCGUUGCCUGGACCGACGUUGUCGGAGGAACUGUUGUCCAUAAACACGAGAGAAGAAAGUGAAGAGCCGCCGGUAUCUGCUGUAAAGAUGCAGAUGGAAGAUUUCAGAUAUAUUUCAGUUCUGGGCAGAGGCCAUUUUGGGAAGGUGCUGCUGGCUGAGUUCCAGACCACAGGAAAGCUGUAUGCCAUUAAAGCCUUGAAGAAAAGAGACAUCGUGACUCGAGAUGAAGUCGACAGCCUUAAGAGCGAGAAAAGGAUCUUUGAGAUGAUCAACGCCUCCAGGCAUCCUUUCCUGGUCAACCUGCACGGCUGCUUCCAGACCGGCGACCACGUCUGCUUUGUUAUGGAGUACUUACCGGGGGGUGACCUCAUGAUCCACAUCCACCAUAACGUCUUCACAGAGGUUCAGACCAGGUUUUACUCGGCGUGCGUCCUGCUGGGUUUAGAGUUCCUACAUGUGAAUAAAAUCAUUUACCGAGAUCUGAAGUUGGACAACCUGCUGAUGGAUGCAGAUGGUUUUGUAAAAAUCACAGACUUUGGACUUUGUAAAGAAGGAAUGGGUCACGGAGACCGAACAUCGACUUUCUGCGGGACUCCAGAGUUUUUGGCUCCCGAGGUGCUGACAGACGACGACUACACCCGAGCGGUGGACUGGUGGGGGAUGGGCAUCCUCAUAUACGAAAUGCUUGUGGGAGAGUCACCGUUCCCUGGUGAGGAUGAGGAGGUCUUUGACAGCAUUGUGAAUGACGACGUGCAGUAUCCAGGCUCUCUUCCUCCAGAAGCCGUCUCCAUCAUCCAGAAGCUGCUGAAGAAGAACCCGCUGAAGAGGCUCGGCGCCGGAGAACGCGAUGCAAACGAAAUCAAAGGAGAGAAAUUCUUUGAGUCUAUUGAUUGGGAGGCGCUACUAGCCAAGAACGUCAAACCACCUUUCCUGCCGUCAAUCAAAGAGUCGGUGGACGUCAGCAACUUCGACAGUGAGUUCACUCGCCUUCAGCCGGUUCUGUCGCCUCCAUCCAAACCCUUCAGCCUCUCUGCAGAGCAGCAGCAAGUCUUCGCCGACUUCGACUUCUGCGCUUUGCAUGGAUGAAAGGUGCAGGAAACAACCACCAACACAAUUUGUUUUUUUGUUUGUUUUUUUGCUUGGUGACCUCAUCUGUUGCUCUGAACCUUUAAAAUGUUCUCUGUGCUGCAGAGAAGGUGUUGAACUUUUCUUCUUCUAAUGUGGAGGUGAUUGCUGGAGGCAGAUAUUUUUGUUCUUUUAAUUUUUACAAAAUUUUUUUUUGUAGUGGCCUUUGCUGGUUCUUUAAGUCUGCAGCACUGUGACAGGCUUCGCUCACUGCCGUGACCUCAGUAAGAAACCCGUUUUCUGAUUGGAAGCCUUUCUUGCAUACGUUAAUAUUCCAUGUAUUUGUCCAGUCAAACGCGUGCAUGUUCACACAUCAGCCUCCUGACUGUUUCCAUAGUGAACAUGUGUGACGCUGUAAUUACUAUGUAGUAACAGAAGCCAUAGAGAACCUCGUAUAGCCAUAGGAAUAACCAUUUUAAAUAAUAAUAAUAAAAAAACCUGUAUCAAAUUUGUUGAUCCACAAAGUUCAAAGCUGACACUGUCAUUCAACAUCGUCCUGUUUAU